AUGUUACUUCGAAACCCUAUCGACAGAAAUCAGAAGUUGGAUUCAAGCCUUGCUACGCGUUACUUGUGGAUUAGUUGGCGUAUAUCUGGCGUGUAUCCACCUAAAAAAUAUCGUACCGCUUAUUAUAUUUACGCCGUCAUUUCAAAUUUAAUUGCAGUAUUAUUGCCUAUUUCAACGAUCACCAAUAUCUUUUUUAUCAAGGGUUUGCAACUUAUGGUAGAAAAUCUUUCAUUAACGGUUACAGUAGUAACUGCAACGAUUAAGCAUUUUAUUUUAUAUCUCUAUCAAGAUCAUUUACUACAAACAAAUAUUUAUUUAAAAAAACUUGACAAACGAUCCAAUGAACAUCCUAGAGAUCGUUAUCACGUACUGUUCGCGAUUCGCAUAUGUCAUAUCUUCUAUUUGGUAUACAAUAUAUUGUUCACUGUAGCUGCUUAUGGAUUUGCGGUUAUUGGAGUAAGAACACAUCAGUUAUUGUUUAAUGGCUGGUAUCCAGAUUUUUUCAAUGACGAAACAAAGAAUUAUCAUGCAGCAUUUAUAUUUCAAUUUCUUGCUAUUACAAUAUAUGUAUUCCAAAAUACAAACAAUGACAUGUACCCACAAUGUUAUGUGGCUAUCAUGAUUGGACACUUGCGUGCGUUAAUUGAAAGAAUCGAGAGAAUCGGUAAAGAUGAUAGAGUCAGUGAUGAAGAUAAUCUGGAUGAAUUAUUGGCAUGCAUUCAAGAUCAUAAAAAUAUUUUAAAGUAA